AUGUUUUUAAUUCAGAUAUGGAAAAUACAUAGAAUUUUUUUAAUAUUUUUUUUAUGUACAAGAAUUUUUGAAAUAGUAUGUUACAGUAAACACAUAUCAAGGUCCCCACAUUUUAUCAUAAAUCCGCCAAAAAGAGAAUAUUUGAAUUUUAUUAAUAAAACGUCACAUAAUAUAAAAGAUAUAAUAAAAAAGAAAAAACAUAAAAAAUUAUAUUCGAUAAAAAUUUCAAAUUCACUUGACAAUAAUAUUCCUGAUGAAUAUUUAAAAUAUAAUAUUCCACAAGAACCAAUAUAUCCCUUUAUAACAGUACCUGACAAUUUAUAUACAAGAAAAUGGAACGGAUCGAACGAUAGUGAAGAAGAAAGAACAGAUGAUGAGAAUGAUGAGAAUGAUGGGAAUGAUGAAAAUGGUGAGAAUGAUGAAAAUGAUGAAAAUAGCGAACGUAGUAUUGGAAAGAAAAAAGUUGAAAAUUCGAAUAAAGAAAAAGAAUCUACUAACCCAACAAUAGAAGAUUAUAUAAGUGAUAUAAAUUAUGAAAAAUAUAUACACCCAAGUUUAAUUAAAAGUAUAGAUAAAGAUGAUCGAUCUAAUAUACCAUAUGAUUUACAAAAAUAUAUGAAUAAAGAUCAAAAAAUUUAUCAAGUAGAUUGUUUUUGUGAAUGUGAUAUGGAAGAUGAUCUUACAGAAUAUGAUGCACAUUUCAAUGGUAUUGGACCAUGGCCAUCUUUUUAUGAAUUAAAAAAAAAUAAUAAUAACUAUGAAUUUAAAAAAACAGAUAUGGAAAUAGAAUAUAAUAUUUCCUAUGAUAAAAAGGAAUAUUUUGAAUAUAAAAAAAAAAUGCUUACUGAAAAUAAAACCAAAUGUGAUAAUGGUAAUGGUAAUGAUAAUGAUAAUGGUAAUGGUAAUGGUAAUAAUAAUAAUGAUAAUAAUAAUGAUAAUAAUAAUAAUAAUAAUGAAGAAGAAUCUGAAACACUACCAACGACUGUUGAUGAAGUAAGAGAGCUAUAUUAUAAAAAGGAAGUAAAGACAAUUAAGGAAGCAAAAUAUGAAUUUCAAAAAUGGAAUGAGCGAAGUAAAUAUUCUAGAAAAAACUGGAGAUUAACAAAAGAGGAAUUUGAACUGUUACCAUAUGAAACACAACAAUUAUAUUUAAAAUUGCGAAAAGGAUAUAAAAAAAAAAAUGAUGAAAUAAUAGAAAAAUAUAAAGAGUACUCAGCAGGAGGUCAUAGAUUAUUAACAAUGGAUCAGUUUGAUGAAAAAAAUAAAAACAAUUUUUACACAGAAGAUGAAAAUGAGCAAGCAAAAAGGAACACAUUAAGUGGUGUGGGAAAUGAACAAGAUGCAAAAAAGAACACAUUAAGUGAGGUGGAAAAUGAAAUAAAUAAUAAUGAUCCGAAUGAAGAAUUUCGGCUUCUUGAAAAUAAUAUAUUAUAUAGUAAACCCAAAUCACCAAUUGAUAAUAUGUUAUAUGAAUGGGAUGAUCCAUUAAAUUGUUAUUGGAGAGAAAGAACAAAAGAAGUUGUUCGAGAUGUAAUCAUGUAUGAUUAUCCAUAUAAAGAAUUGAGAAGAGCAUCUAAUUUGGAUUUAUAUGAUAUUUCAUGGUCUGCUGGAAAAAUGGAUAUAUAUAUAACUGUAGAAGAAGGAAAAAACUAUAAAAUAACUUUAUUUGAUUUAAAACAAUUAAUAAAAAAAAUCGCUAAAAGAUUAAAAGAUUUAGAAAUUGAAGAAGAUAUUUAUGUUUUACCAUUUUUUGAACUUAUUGUUUCUUCAUUACCUAGUAAAAAUAUUUUAGUUUGUAGACGAGAUUGGAAUCAAAACAUAGGAAGAGAAGUUAUUUGUUUUUUUAAAAAUAAAAAUCAAGAACCCAUAACAGGAACAUUAUUAGGAUCUCCUAGUGCAUUCCAUGUAAUCAUAAAUAUAAAUAAUGAGUAUAUAGAAAAUGUAUUAAUAGAUGCACUUGAUAAAAUAGUUAUAAAAGAUGAACUUAAAAAGGAAGACGCAAAUGAUAAUAGUCAAAUUAUGUUACAAGCAAAAAUAGAUAAAGAAAUGAUUAACACAGAGGACGGGCAAAAAAAAGAAGAAGUAGAAAAAGUAGAAGUAGAAAAAGAAGGAGUAGAAAAGGUAGAAGUAGAAGAAGAAGAAGUAGAAAAGGUAGAAGUAGAAGAAGAAGAAGAAGAAGAUCAUGUAAACAAUUUUAAUGAUGAAAAUUCAAAACUCUCUAAUAAUGAAUCAAUUUUUUCAGAUGUUGAUGAGUUAAAUGAUUCUGAUCUUUCCGAAAUAAAAAAAUUAAAAAAAAAUAAUCAGUCGAAUAACAAUAAUCAUCAAAAAGAUAUAAAAACAAUUCAAAAUAUAGACAAUAUAGAUAAUGAUGGUAAUUCAAACAUAAUUAAUGAAUUUGAUGAAUAUGAAACAGAUGACGAAUAUGAAACAGAUGAUGAAUAUUCAAAUAUUGCAGAUAAUGACAUCGAUUCAUAUAAUGAUGAUUAUGAUGACAGUUAUGGAAAUGAGCAGUAG